GAAAAAGCCCUUAGGAUCUUUUCAGAGACUAAGUCCCAGCUGUGAAGACUUGAGACUUUGAGUAGUGCAGCGGAAGUUGAGACGGUUGAACCCUUGUACUAGUAUGUGAGAACAAUACCGCGGUCGGGGACGAAGUCCAACACGAAGACGCCGGAUUUCAGGAGGGCACGACCGAUGAAGAGGCCACCCUUUCCGUGGUAUAGCCGAAACUCGUUGGAGUAGGAGUCGCACUCCAGCUGUAGAGACUUGAGACUUUGAGUAGUGCAGCGGAAGUUGAGACGGUUGAACCCUUGUACUAGUAUGUGAGAACAACUAGCAUUUCCGUUCCCCGCUGAUUUUUCGUUCCCUCUGCUCUUCGCGCAACUUCCGUUCCUCCAUCGCUGUUCGCGCUUUCUACUGCGUUUCAGAACUCACAUUUGCCCCCUCGUCAGUAUUGUUCUCCAGUUAUCCGGUGCCUUGCAGUCUCCUUUCAGCGUCCCCCCCGGCUCUGCCUCGUACCCACCGCUGUGCCCCUAUUACCUACCCGUUCUGUCCCGCUGGUUCGAUCAGAUAAAUUCAUAUAAUUCCCCCUCCUCGUGCGCCUUCCCCGCGCUGCUUCCGCCGCAGUGGCAAUGGCGGAAUCCGCCAGCGCCUCAUCCGCCCCGCGGGGCUCAGACGCCAAGCCGACAGCAUCCUCCUUUCACGUAGUAACCGUCACACCCCCGCACCCUUCGGGCCUGGAUUCGGCAGCGUCAAAAGCGGCGUCAGUUGCGGUGGAGAUGGAGAUGCCGUUGAUCGAGCCGUCGCACUCGCAGGGCGGCGCUCCGCCAGCUGGCACGCGCGUGCUGCUGACGAGGACCAGCUCGGACCUCGUCAUCCGCCUGCCGCCGCUCCACUGGGCCAACGCAACGCUCGGCUUCGCGGUGAGCUGUCUGGUCGCUCCUGGCGGUGCUCGCAGUGCUGCCUGACAGCCACAACCAUGACGGGCAACCCUUGCCGCCUAUCGCGCCCGUCUUAUCCGCCUUGUUCGCUCUGUGAGGGCGGUUCGCUGCUCAGAAAGUGCGUGAGGCAUUUCUGGUGCGCACGAUUCAAAUCGACGGCUGUCGGCUGCUGGACACGUGGCAGCUGUUCGGGCGGCGCGGACAGGCGACCAUCCCCACUGCCUCUAUCUGCCGUGUUGAUCUCCACAAGCAGGUGCGCGGGUGCAUCGCGACGUAUUACUGCCGAAUAUCAACCGCUGACGGGCCACAUCCGAUGUUUGGCCACCAUCUGGACUUUGGCCACCAUUUAUCGAGAGCCGAAAACACAUGGCUGCUGCAAGAAGUGUCGGCAUUUCUGCUUGGUUUAGGAGGACCUACUUCUGGUCAAGACAGGCUUUAAGUACAGAGCCCAGGAAGCUUUCCCCCAAGUCACCUUUGCUUCCAUGGCCACAGCUUUCGAAUGAAGUCAAUUUUUGCCACCGGGAGCAUGGUGGGGGCGUUGGUGAGAGGGUGACACAGGGGAAUGUGUCAGGUUGGGUGGGUGAUGGUGUGGAGUGGGAACGAAUAGCAUGUGAACCUAUUCAUGAGUGCGCGGGUGCAUCGCGACGUAUUACUGCCGAAUAUCAACCGCUGACGGGCCACAUCCGAUGUUUGGCCACCAUCUGGACUUUGGCCACCAUUUAUCGAGAGCCGAAAACACAUGGCUGCUGCAAGAAGUGUCGGCAUUUCUGCUUGGUUUAGGAGGACCUACUUCUGGUCAAGACAGGCUUUAAGUACAGAGCCCAGGAAGCUUUCCCCCAAGUCACCUUUGCUUCCAUGGCCACAGCUUUCGAAUGAAGUCAAUUUUUGCCACCGGGAGCAUGGUGGGGGCGUUGGUGAGAGGGUGACACAGGGGAAUGUGUCAGGUUGGGUGGGUGAUGGUGUGGAGUGGGAACGAAUAGCAUGUGAACCUAUUCAUGAGUUGCAUUAUCAAAUUGCAGUGUAAC